AUGAGAAAUGAUAUUAUCCUUUCGAAUGCUUCUUUCUCUUCAAGCUUGAUUCUGCCGAAAUAUGCUUAUGACUUCAGCCUCAGUACUAGUAAUCAAGUGGUACUUCAGGAGCCUCAUAUUGAUGGACCUCAAUCUCAUUGGAUUCCUCCAGAAAAGUCUUACAUCAAGAUCAACAUAGAUGCUGAAUUUAAUCCAAAUCAAGGUGUUGUUGGAGCCAUUGCACAAGACCACAUGAGUAUAUUUUUAGGUUGUGAAACAAUCACGUUUGAUGAAACAUCACCCCUUAUGGCAGAAUCAUUUGCCUACGGAUUGGGAGUUUCUAUGGCAAGAAGACUAUCUCUCAGUAGAGUUAUCAUUGAAGGCGAUGCGAAAAAUGUCACAACAACGGUCUUAGGGGAUUCCAUCCCAUGGAGCAUUCGAUUAGUGAUUUUGGACAUUUGCAGCAAGGCCAUCUCUUUUGAAAAUAUAAAAUUCCAAAUAAUCCAAAAAAUGUAA